UUCUGACUUUUGCAUAUUGGGAAAGGAAAUGUAGACUUACCUUUGGCACCCACUGCACUGUAUAUACACAAUACAGAAAGCAAAGUUAAGGUUAGAGAGGGAAGAGAAGCCUCCUGUCAAUCUGUACAAACAGAGAGGAGGAAUCAUGUAGGGAGUCGGCCUGGCCCAACAGUAAUUUCUAGAUGUGAUGCAAGGCUGAAUUUAGAACUUCUGGUACCUGCUUGGCAUACAGCAUUCUCUGGUUCAAGUCAGUGCUGACAGUGGCCUUUUUGGGUAAAUCUCAGCUCCUAAACUUUGCUUUUGCAGCUUUUGUUUAGUUAAAGGAAAUACUGGUGGAGCAGCACCUGCAGCUCUGUUCCAGAUGUGUGUGGAAUCUUUGAUGGCUGCCAGGAGCAGCACAAUGAGACUGAAGACCGAGAUGCUCAGCUCAUCUUUGGGAGGCAGAAAUCAGAAAACAGGUAACUGAAAGUGACCAUGAUAUCCUUCUAAGGAGAUUCCUCCUUGAUGGUGACUCAGGCAGAGGAAUUGUGUGCCCACAACAUGAGGAGACUGCUCGGAACAAUUCCACAAAGAAAAAAUCCUGUGACCAAGAAUACCAGUCAUUUAGGAGUGGAUAAAAAGAUGAAGACAGAUGUAAAGCUGAUGGAAAGAGCCAGCAGAUCUCCUGUACAGCUGACUCUGAUGUAAUCUGACCAAGAUAACUGUAAGCAGGAGAUGGAAAUCCAGAAGGGUGAACGCCCAUCUGUCAAGAAGCCUGUGAAGAAGAGGAGCGAUGGCUCGAAGAAGCCCCAGGCCACAUUACCUUCUAGUAAACGGGUGAAGUCUACCUCUGAUGGACGCCUCCUACACCAUCCAAAAGCCCAGGUCACGUUACCUCUGGCUGUGGAAGAAACGGAGCUGCUCCAGAAGCUUUACAAUCUCCUGGAAGCCAAGGAGUUUAAGACACGGAUGGAAGGAGUGGCACUCCUCCUAGACCUGUGCAAAAGCAGCCCCCAGCUCGUCUCCACUAACACUGUCCAAAUUUUUGAUUAUUUUGUCCUGAGAAUUGGUGAUACACUUAAAAAACUGAAGCAGAAGGCGCUGGACAUGCUGGCUGAAAUCCUAGGCAUCCUGAAAGAUGCCUUAAACUCGGUGAUCAUCUGUUUGGUUGAAGGAAUAACAAACAACCUAAACUCAAAGGACCCUGGGGUUUAUGCCGCAGCUGUGAAAACGCUGGAAGAAUCCAUGGCUCACUUAGGAAAGGCUGAGCCCUGGCAUGGACUCUCCUCAAGUGUGUCUCUGCCUCUGCGAGUCAAGAGAACGCUGAGGGCCUUGACAGCUGGUGUCGUCUGUGGAAACCUCCAGCUGACAUCCACCAGAAGCUGUGCAGGUGCAGUCCUUAUGCACCAGUCCCCCAACAGGCUUGAAUGUGCAUCAGCAUUUCCCAAAAGUCCCAGGAGCCCUUGGCUCUGUGCUGCUUGUCUGCUUUGGCAGAGAAGGAGCUGAAGAGGAAGUGCUGGACUACAGCUUUGCUAGAAUUCAGAGAUAAAGGGAUUUUUGGAGUUUGCUCGGGCUCCAUUCAACUUCCCAAAUGAAUAGCUUUGCUGUUGGCAUGAAGGGACACUGGCUCAUCAGAGCUUCUGCACAGCAGCCUCCUGGAAAGCUCUACAUUAUAGGCAUUAACUGUCUAUUUUCCACUGUACUAGUUUGAAAACAAACCAGUGGGAGAUCGCAAGUCAGAAUUAUAAUUUAAUAGGAAAA